GCGGCGGCAACCACGCGGGUCGAGCGCAUCAUCGCCCGCCUGCCGCGGCCGCUGCAGCGGUACACGGCGCGCCUGCGCGGCGCGCCGCUCACCCACGUCGCCGCCUUCCUGGUGCUGCACGAGAUCACCGCGGUGGUGCCGCUGCUCGGCCUGUUCGGGCUGUUCCACUACACCGAGCACGUGCCGGUGGCGUACAUGCUGGCGCACUACGGGGCUUACGUGCGGGACGGCCUGGCCAGGUUUGAGCGGUAUUUCCGGCGGAAGGGCUGGUUUGGCUUUGGCGGGGCCGAGGGGGAGGAGGAGGAGGAGGGUGGGCAUGGGGACGGGUUGGGCGUGACCGGGAGAGUGGAGCGGGGGAGGGAGGAGGGGGACGGGGAGAAGGCGGUGCUGGAGCGGUGGGAGGCGGAUCCAAAGUAUCGUGUUGUUGUCGAGGUUGCGCUGGCGUACGCGCUGACUAAGGUGUUGUUGCCCGUGAGGAUUGUGGCGAGUGUGUGGGCAACGCCGUGGUUUGCCGGCGUGUUGUUGCGG